GGAACAAGAAACUUCCUCCUCCUGGGGCUGCUUGAAAGGCCUGCUGUGCCCGUCUGAGUCUCCAGCUCAGCAUGAGGCUGGCUGGAGGGCUUCCCGGAGGUGGAGGGGUGAUGGGCAGAGAAAGGCCGCGUUGAAAAGGAACUCUGGACAUAGUAGCUGAGGCUGCAGGCUUGGGCCUUGGGGUCUGAAGCACCAAAGCUGCCUUUUCAUUCGAUGUAAACCUGGGGAGUGAAGGACCGGGGGACUGAAUUGUGUCCCCGCUGUUUGCCCCUUAGUCCUCUGGGUCCUUCAGCCAACCCGGAGGCCAAAAAUAGAAUUCUUCAGGUUUCUACUCUUUUGGUGACAAAUCAGAGGAGAGACCCAAAGCCAGUUGAAAAAGAAAGACCUGAACUAUGGGAUGUAUAAAGUCAAAAAGGAAAGACAAUCUGAAUGACGAUGGAGUAGAUUUGAAGACGCAACCAGUACGUAAUACUGACCGAACUAUUUAUGUGAGAGAUCCAACGUCCAAUAAACACCAAAGGCCAGUUGCAGACUCCCAGCUUUUACCAGGACAGAGGUUUCAAACUAAAGAUCCAGAGGAGCAAGGGGACAUCGUGAUCGCAUUGUAUCCGUACGAUGGCAUCCACCCAGACGACUUGUCCUUCAAGAAAGGGGAGAAGAUGAAAGUCCUGGAGCAGCACGGAGAGUGGUGGAAAGCCAAGUCCAUUUCGACAAAGAAAGAAGGCUUCAUUCCCAGCAACUAUGUGGCCAAAGUCAACACCUUGGAAACUGAAGAGUGGUUUUUCAAGGAUAUAACCAGGAAGGAUGCAGAAAGGCAGCUUCUGGCCCCAGGGAACAGCGCUGGAGCUUUCCUUAUCAGAGAAAGUGAGACUUUAAAAGGAAGUUACUCUCUGUCUGUCAGAGACUAUGACCCCGUGCACGGCGAUGUGAUUAAGCACUACAAAAUCAGAAGUCUGGACAAUGGGGGUUAUUACAUCUCCCCACGAAUCACUUUUCCUUGUAUCAGUGACAUGAUUAAGCAUUAUCAAAAGCAGUCAGAUGGCUUGUGCCGGAGAUUGGAGAAGGCGUGCAUUAGCCCCAAACCACAGAAGCCAUGGGACAAGGAUGCUUGGGAGAUCCCCCGAGAGUCCAUCAAGCUGGUGAAGAGGCUGGGCGCCGGGCAGUUCGGGGAAGUCUGGAUGGGUUACUAUAACAACAGCACCAAAGUGGCUGUAAAAACACUGAAGCCAGGCACAAUGUCUGUGCAGGCGUUCCUGGAGGAGGCCAACCUCAUGAAGACACUGCAGCACGACAAGCUGGUGCGGCUGUAUGCUGUGGUCACCAGAGAGGAGCCCAUCUACAUCAUCACUGAGUACAUGGCCAAGGGCAGUUUGCUGGAUUUCCUAAAGAGCGAUGAGGGGGGCAAGGUGCUGCUUCCGAAGCUGAUUGACUUCUCUGCUCAGAUCGCCGAGGGAAUGGCAUACAUCGAGAGGAAAAACUACAUCCACAGGGACCUACGAGCCGCUAAUGUGUUAGUGUCCGAGUCUCUCAUGUGCAAAAUCGCAGACUUUGGUCUUGCUCGAGUGAUUGAAGAUAACGAGUACACAGCCAGAGAAGGUGCUAAGUUCCCCAUUAAGUGGACAGCUCCAGAAGCAAUCAACUUCGGAUGUUUCACCAUCAAGUCUGACGUGUGGUCCUUUGGAAUUCUCCUGUAUGAAAUUGUCACCUAUGGGAAAAUUCCCUACCCAGGGAGAACUAACGCGGACGUGAUGACCGCCCUGUCGCAGGGCUACAGGAUGCCCCGCAUGGAGAACUGCCCAGAUGAGCUCUACGACAUCAUGAAGAUGUGCUGGAAGGAAAAGGCAGAGGAGAGACCAACGUUUGACUACCUACAGAGCGUGCUGGACGACUUCUACACGGCCACCGAGGGCCAGUACCAGCAGCAGCCUUAGUGCUGGGGGCUCGAGCCACGCACAGGACCGCCGCCUCCCUCCAAAGGGAAAAACAACAAUCCCCGGUCACUAGUUAUUUCCUGGGCUGGCUUCCCCGGCUAUCCUUGCUUCCUUCACACAAGGCUAAAACUCAGGAAGGACUUCUUCCAUGGGAAAGGAUUCUCCUCUCAAGGGCGAUAUGCCCACCAGCCUGCACCCAGCGGGCACACUGGCUCUGCGAGUCCAACACCUGGACAUGGAUUUCUGAGAAGAAAACACCUAUCCCACCAAAGUGCACCCACAUCGGCCUCUUGUUUACAAGGGGGCAUGUGACUCAGAGGUUCGGAGGCCAUUUCAGUGAAUCGCAGACAGGAGCACAACAGAGAUAACCAGAUGUCUCCAUUGCACUUCCUUGUAUGUUCUCUGUGCUUGAGCUUAUUUGUUAAAAAAAAAAAUCUACUAAUCCAACCUGUUAGAUUUUGCAGGUGAAGUCAGAUGCUUCCAUGUCCUUCCCAGAUUUCUGUGACCUCCCACCCCCUGAAAUCUGGACUGGAGAUCACUUCCUUCCACGGAGAUCACUCAGAACCCCAGCUGGGCAGAGGAAUCUCUUUCCUUGAAAGUGUCAUCAGCAAGCAGGCAGGGCCACUGUGUUAAGCGACGCGGAUUCCCCAGCCACCCAGGUUUGCCCAGCUCCCCUGGAAGGGAGCUUCAGGAACUUCUCUGCCAAUAGAAGGAAUGUUUUUUUUAACAGUCCAGCUUUUCAAUUCCACAAUUUCCUCUAUCCAGACUUCUUUGGACCUUGUAGUUUGGACGAACAAGAUGAUUCUAAUCUCUGCGGAACCUUCUAGGGCCUUACAAAACAUCAGAGCUUUCUUUACUGCUUCAAAUGAUUCUGAACAUUAUUUUAUUGAUCAAGUAUUCAUUUUAGUUGUACUCUAGAAAGUAAAAAUGCCGUAUUCGGGGGCUAUUUUUGUGAUUCAGCAAUCUUUUCUAAAUUGUGUGUGGUCUGUGUGAGUCUAUUUAUAUGAGGCUAUGCUGGAAACUAAAUGAGUGAGGAGGCUUUUCUGAGUCACUGGAGCAAUUAGAUAGAGGUUGUGUUUGUUAAAUUUUUCUACUGUAGCUUGAAUGGAAAACGCUAUGUCAUAUCACAUUUCACCUAUGCUGUUUGUGUAUAUACCUAAUAUUUCUAUUUUUGAUCUUAUUUUAAUACACCUGGGCCCAUAACAUCUCAA